AUGAAACUCGCCACCGUCCUCCUCCGCGCCCGACAGGCGCUAUACGCCACCCUCGCCCUCCUCCUCCACGCGACCCUAGUCCUCUCUAGCGUCCUGGUACACCGCUGGCGCGAGGCCGAGGUCAUCGGGCUGCACUACCCCUUCCUCCUGCUCGGCUGGGCGGCGAGCUGCCUCCUCCUCCUGGCAGCGCACUACCUCUCCCUGCGCAGCCCGUCGGUCCGCGUCGAGCUGGUCGCGCUGGUCACUGCCUUCUGCACGGGGUUUGCUGCCGUCCACACGCUGGUCAAGCACCUCCCUGCGUCGCACCCCGAGAUUAAGCGGCUCGGGUUCUGGACGCAUGUCGUCGCCGCGUUCGCGGUCGACUGGAUGUCGUACCUCGUCGCUAUUGCCCUGUAUGUCGGGUACAGGGGCCACCGUGCCCUCGGCCCGCGGGCAUGGAAGGAGAGUGUGCCGAGCAUACUGGCCGCCGUUGCGCCGGUACAGCUGCCGACCGACGACGAAGGUGGUGGCGACGACGAGACGGUCGCUGUGGACGAAGCGCGCUUGACGCCGGCAAUGGUCCGAGUGGUGGGGUACGCCUUUGCGUUCGCCACGGCCAGCGCCACGACCGUCCUGGGAAUCAUCAUGUCGCUGUGGCCCGACUUUCCGGUCCGCCCGCCGGCGCUCGUCGCCGCGUGGGCUGCGCUCACGUCGCUGGGCAUCCUAGCUCUGGGAGUGAGGAAGCGUACCACCCUCCGCACCGAGAGCAUGGGCCUCGGCGACCUCGUCCUCCUCGGCCUCGUCGCAAUGGCAUACCUCAGCCCCUGGGCUGCACCGGAAGACUGUCGCCAGGACGCGCUCGUGUUCCUCCUCGUGCUCGACUUGCGUGUGCUGCUGCGUACCCAUCGAGACGGAGCUGCAGUGGGCACGUUUGGCGAGAUGACCACUGCUAGGGGGCUCGGGUGGGUCUUCGUCCCCGGUGAAGGCGACGAGCGCACGCACUUGCUCCGUGACGAUGGCGAGUAG